GGGCGAUCUCGUGCGCCAGGACAAGGCGGGUCGCUCAUCAGGUCGACGCGUCAGGAUUUUGCUUCCGGUGACCAUCCUUUCACUACACUUUACUCCCGCGUCUUUGUGCGGCGUCCUUGUUCUUUUCGCAAGCAUGCAACCUUUGGGAGGUACAAUGGUGCUGGGUCGCUUUGGGCGGUACCGACUGUCUCUACCACCGUCCGGAGGUAUACAAGAGUCCUGCAUGUCGAGAGGUACCGUGCAUCCUCCGGGUCUGGCGACCUGCAUCCCACCGCAGUGACGGUUGGCAUCCUUCUUGUUGUUGUGCACAAAAGUCGCAGCGUUCCCGUAUAAAAUGCUGCUGACUGCACUCGGGAUGUCCGCAUCCCAGAGAAACUCUGUAUCUCGCGACCCCUACGCCCUAUCCUUUUCAACGACCACAGGAAACUACUCGACGAUGACUCCCUUUUGCGUCAACGAUCGCGUAUGGUACUGGUCAGCCGAUGCGCAGACGGUGCUCGGGACGGUGGUGGCCAUCGAGCGCCUGGCGGAC